AUGGCAGCCGAAAGUCCUCGCAUUGAAGUUGGAACAGAUGUUCUGGACUUUACGUCAUUUCCAAAAAAUCCUCAUACGCUUAUGGGAGAUCCUCUUCAGCGGGUAGUGAGGCUUCUGCCGGGCUCAGACGGCGCCGAAUAUCCAGGUGACCCAAGCUGGCAUAAAUUUGUGUUGGACGAGGCAUUGGCGGUCGUCAAUAUGACAUGCCCACCUGCGCUCCACCUCCAGCUCCGGCGAAGUGUGCUGAGGGCAAUCCAGACUGCUCCGGCAAAAUGCCACUUGUUAACCUCCCUCAUCCCAGUCCGAUACUUUCCAGAGUCGGGAACAAUGAUGGAUCGUUUCUUCGCUGGUCUGAUCAGCUUCUUGGGAAAGAACCACCAGUUCGCCGGCCAGCAUGCGAUGGACAUGGACUACCAACAGCAGACUUUAUCUACUACUUCAACUCAGACGAGCAAUGUUGGGCGGGCACGGAUGGGAACAUCUCGAUCUGACCGUCAAUCAAAAUGGAGAAAGCCUCACUCAGGGCCGAAAUUGACGUCCAAUAACCAUGUCCCUCCUUUACGCGACGACCCCAAGAACAAUCCUGAGACGUCCUCAACGCACAAAGGGAAGAGGAAGGCGGAGAUAUCACCUGGCAAAGCCGUUCAGGCGUCUUUCUCGAGAAAGCGAAAGAGCUUGGAUGCGGAGACUCCGACUAAAGACAGCAACGAGGAGACAGCAGGCAUGGAGGACCCGACACCAUCCAAGCGGAAGAAAAAGAAGAAAAUAAAGAGAACAACCAGGGAUCCAACUGCAUCGCCGACCCCCACACCGCCGCCCGAGCCCCGAGUGGUAAUUAAACUGGAGGACUCAUCCGACGACGAACCCGCACAUACGCCUCAGCCACGCAAGAAGCGUCUCAACGUAUACGAGAACAUGUACCAUGACGCCCGCGAGGAGAUUCGCUUCUUGGAGAGAUUUCUCUGGCACGGGGCCGGCAUUUCCAAGACGGAUAUCGACGCGAGCAAGAUCCGCGUUGCGGCGGGCCAGACGCACAAAAGGGCAUUCGAGCAAGUCUGCAAGCUUCCGGAAGAGAAACUGGCGAGGCGGCCCAAGACGCCCGAACAAGACUGA